GAGAGCUCCCAAUCGUAUUCGUACAACGACACCACGCCAACGGCUUGGCCGGGUCAGAUGUGUACCAAAUGCCUCACAAAAUAGACCACAACGCUAACCUGGCUGCUUUACAGGCAGAGCGUGUAGAUAAGAUCAUUGCUGUGUGCUGUGUGGGUUCGUUAACGGAGAGCAUCCCCAUAGGUACACUCCUUCUACCCGAUGAUUACUUCUCUCUGUUUGGUCCGCUCACGUCGUUCUACAACAGUGAGAAGGCGCAUGUGGUGCCGGGGAUCGAUUUGGAGUUGAGGAAUGAGAUCAGUG